CGUCACUGUUUCGGUUCUCAGAGAUGAGGAGGAGCUGAAGGCAGCAGUUUUUCGGGUGUUUCUCGGCUUGUCGGAGUGUUUGUGGACUUGUUUCUCCUCGGCUGUGUCUGUGGAUGUGUCGGAGCGAAGUUUUCUAACAUGGAGGCGGAGAAGAAGCUGCUGCUGGCCGGGCUGUGCUUCCUGCUGUCCGCCGCCUCUCCCGGUGCUUCUUCCGCCCAGAUCGACCCUCUGGUGUACGAGGAGCAGCUGCUGUGGGUCAGCGGAUCUCAGGGCAACAUCAACACCUACAGGAUCCCGCUGAUCACCUUCACCCCCAAGGGAAGCCUGCUGGCCUUCUCCGAAGCCAGGAAGUCGUCGUCCAGCGACAUCGGAGCAAAGUUCUUUGCAAUGAGGCGAUCCACAGACAAAGGAGCCACCUGGUCCCCGACUGUCUUCUUCCUGGACGACGACACGGCGCCGGAUGGCAAUAACCUGGGCUCAGUGGUGGUGGACGAGGAGACGGGGUCGGUGAUUCUGAUCUACACCAUCUGCUUCCACCUUUACCACUGCGGCACGUCCAGCACCAUGAUGGUGGAGAGUCGGGACGACGGCCUCAGCUGGAGCCCACCCAGAAACCUCUCGGUCCAGCUCGGGGUCAAGAACUUCGCUCCUGGGCCAGGCACUGGCCUCCAGAAGCGCUACAAUCCAGCAAAAGGACGGCUGGUGGUUUGUGGUCACGGCACGCUGGAAGGUGAUGGAGUUUUCUGCAUCCUGAGCGAUGACCACGGACGUAACUGGUACAACGGCGCAGCCCUGAAAAGCAUCCCGUACAACCAGCCGAAGAAACCUCUGGACUUCAAUCCCGAUGAAUGCCAGCCAUUCGAGAUGAAGGACGGCAGCAUCGUGAUCAACGUGAGGAACCAGAACAACUACCACUGUCGGUGUCGCGUUGUGUUGCGCAGCCGUGACGGGGGAUUGUCUCUGCCCAUAGACGAUCUGUACUUUGACAACACACUGGUGGAUCCUGCAGUGGCAGCUGGAGCUAUGCAAAAGGAAGGAGUGCUGUACUUCACAAAUCCAGCCAAUGAACAACACAGAGUGAACCUCACCUUACGCUGGUCGCUGACAAACGGAACUUCAUGGGAGAAGAAUGCGAUCCAGAUUUGGGCGGGGCCAAGCGGCUACUCGUCCAUGACGACGCUGGACAGCGGCUCUGUAGAGGACCGAAAGUACAUCUUUGUCCUCUACGAAAAAGGCCACAAGGACUAUGAUGAGACCAUUUCAUUCGUCAAAAUUCACCUGUAUGGUGGCCAGUAGAGGACAAGCGAGGAGGUAAGAGGAAGGUGCUUCAGAGUGAAAAGCAAAGCGUUCAAAAUACAAUUAUUUAAUGGGAGCACCGCUUUUGUUUUGAUUUCAUCUUUUGAUUGUGAACCAGGUUUAAAACCUGAAGGGGAAACAGGAAGAAGUGGUUUCCUCCAAAGACUUUCUCAGGAAAAAAAAGAAGACUUUUUGAACUCACUUCAUGAUAUUGAAUAACAGGGAAAAAUGAGGCUUGGCACCAUGAAUGUCCAGCAGUUUGACCUGUGAUGAAGCUUUCUAAAGUUAAGUUUUUCUGAUUUUAUCUUUCGGUUCACCAAAAAUCCCACUUUUAUUAAGUGUCUGUUUUGCAAACAGGCACAAAAUUUAGUAUUCUUGGUCUAAGGCGGAAACAUGACAAAGCAUAUUAUACUAAAGAAAAUAAAUAUUACUUUAUUAUUAAUAUUUUAAGGAUCGUAUCCUGUCACAUGAGUAUUAACUGUUUUAAAAUUAAAGGUUUCAAUUUAAAGUUUUAAACAUGAGUGAUAUCUUUAAGGUUUCAUGAAGUUAAAAAAAAAAAUUAAUGCACAUUAAUUAGCACCUUUAGCAUAGAUUCACUCAGCAACCGUUAUUUAUACUGAAGUGGACCUACUUUAAAAUCAGGCGUGGGUCUGUACUUUUAAUUAUAAUGAGGAGUGUUUUUGCCUUUAUGUAUUCAUGCCAACUGAAAUCAUUUCUGCCUUUGAAAAACAACAGAAAUUGUAAAAAAAAAAAAAAAAAUAAAAAGUUAAUGGCCUUUUUUAUGAUGAUGUACUUGAAUAUCUUGUUGAGUUUGAGUGGUUUUAGGAAAACAGCGGUAAUAAUUAUCUUAAUUACAUGCGUGUGACUGAUUGAUUGUGAAGUGAGUGAAGAGGCUUUUUACUUGUGUAGAAUUUAUCUUAGUAUUUUCUGAUCAGCGUGCAGCAGGAUCUCUGCUGUCUGUGGAAUAAAUAAAUGAUUCCUAACUGCUUUUACUUGUGUUUCUUUGUCAGAUGCUUCAGGCAAAGAAAUCUCACCAUUCUCCUGCACAGUAACUGAUUUUUCUUUAUUUCUUUUAAAACACGCAGUUAAAACUUUCAUUGUCUGUUCAUGUGAUGGGAGAGAACAUUGUUUUAUGUCUGUGAUAACAAAAUAAGGCAAAGUCUUGGAAAGGAUCUUCAUACAUGAACUAACCUAUUUUUAAUGCGUCUUUCCUCGCGUGUCCGUCGUAUAACUUCAUUAAUAAUCGCCCAGUAUUUUAUUUCAUAAAUAUUAGUUUUAAACUUCUUUCAAAAUACAGAAAAUCAGUGUGCUGAUCGUUCCAGAAAGUAGCCGUUUCCACCUGAGACCAUGAAAUUCAGAUAAGAAAAAGGGAAUAAUGCAGAUUUUACAGUUUGUCUUCCAUUCAUAUCGGUUAUGCAAAUCAACAAAUAAAGAAGUUGAACCAUA